AACGCUGAGGGGAGGCAGGGCCGGGCUGGCGGCGCGCGCCUGUCGCGACAUAAGGCGAUAAAAAUCCGGGAUGGCGGCACAUCCCGAGCGGGAAGGGAGUGCAGGAUGGUCCGAUCCUGGCCAGGAUACGCCAACCAUUCCCAUAGAACAGAAGAUGGAAGGAGGCUGUGGAUGGAGUGACAGGAGAUGGUGUGAAGAUUUAGGUGGAUAUUGGGAAGAAAUUCUUCCCUGCGAGGAUGGUGAGGCCCUGGUGCAGACUCCCAAAACAAUAAACCGAGAGAGAUCCCUGAGCAAAAGAGCACGGAGGUUUUGAAUGAUGGCAUCCUGCCUUCCUGAGUUCCCUUCCAUUUCCAGGUGCAUCUUCCAGGUCUGAACUGGCAAUGGCAUUUCCCAUCUAAAAUAAUCCAACUUCCUUGAAUUUUUGUUAGGAAUUUUUCAGGAAAUGCUUCUGACUCAGUGCUGUUUUAAUCUUUGCCCAAAAUGCAAUUUACAAGUGUUUUCUUUCCCUUAUUUUUGGCCUUUUGUCCUCUCAAGGGGAGGAAAACAGGGGAAAAAUUCCAGGAAUAAUGGAGAAAACCAGGGAAUCUGCCCAGAACUUCCCAGAAAAUCAUUCUUCAUGGAAUCAGUUGGAAUUCCACAGCAAGUUUUUGUGACAAAACAUUCUGAAUCGUUUAAAACAGAACAAUAAUUAGAAUAUAAGAAGAGUAAUGAGACAAGUUCAUAUUCCCAUCAUUCCCGCUGGGAUUUCCUUCCUUUCCUCUUGGAUAAGUGGCAGAGCACUCAAAUUAAUGGGUUAAAUUCAGCAAUUAACUAACAUUGUGGAAUCCCUGAUAAUUUUGCUGGAAUCUGAGCGUUUUUCCUUGGGUUUCCUCUCCUGGGUGAGGUCAGGCGUGACCAUGGUGAUGAUGGACAGGGAGGGAGGAAAUUCCAGACUCAGGAAUUGCAAAACUCCAUCUUCCUGAUUUAUCCCAAAGAUCCAGCUCCCAUCCUGGUUUUCCCGAAAACAAUUGGGAUAAUUGGAGCCAGCAGUGGGUGACAUCACCUGGAGGUGCAAAGCCACCUGCUGGGACAUUCCAGCACUUUCCCUGCUCUCACCACCCUCUCCAGUGGGAUUUGAUUUUUUUUUUCAAACCUCACUCCCUGGGAUUCAAUCAUUAAUUUAUUGCCCUGCAGGACUAUUAAUCGUCAUUAAUUUAUUUCCCCUUCCAAAGCCAUCCCAAUGCCCGGGGUUCCUUUAUUCCCAAACUUCCUUUAAAGCCAGGGAACCUCUGUCUGGAUCUUCCCAGAAAAUCAUUUUUUGUGGAAUCAGUUGGGAUUCUGUAGUGAGUUUUUUGUGGCAAAAUGUUCUGGAUUGUUUUAAACAGAAUAGUAAUAGUAAUAAUAAUAAUAAUUAGACUAUAAGAAGAAUUUAGAAGAUCCAUGCUGAGCUGAUAAAGAGGAAGAAAAAUGCUGGGAUAAUGGUGAAGACCAGGAAAAAAUGCCAAGGUAAUGAGGAAAAUCAGGAGAAAGUGCCAGGGAUCAUGAGGAAGAUCAGGAAAAAAUGCCAGAGAUAAGGGAGAAAAUCAGGAAAAAAAUGCCAGGGAUGAUGAAGAAAGCCUGGAAAAAAUGUCAGGGAUAGUGGAGAAAACCCAUGGAUUAUGGAGGAAAAAACACCAGGGAUAAUGAAGAGAAUCAGGAAAAACGCCAGGACAAUGGAGAAACCCAGGAUAUUUUUACUGUUCAAUAUUCAUACAGAAAGCACCGGGGGUUUGAGCGAGUCCUUGUGUGAGGAGCGAAUCCCUCUCCAAAAAAUUCCAACUUUCAGGAAAAAUAGCAGGGAAAGACUUCACACCUUCCCUUCCUGGAGGCAAAUCAAAUGCAUCACACAGGAAAUUCAAGUUACGAGUUUUGCUGAUCUCCAGAUCUGUGACAGAGCAGCCUGGGAGUGAAAAUAAUCUCCAGAUCUGAUGUGCUGGAGUGAGAGGAAAGUCCUCAGCAUUGAGCAACGGGCAUGCAAGGAGCUCCUGGAAAAGCUGACAGCCAAAAUAUUUGGGAUUUGAUGCCCCUUAAAAGGCUCAGAAUAAUCCAGGAGCAGGCAGGGCCUCUCCACAUUCCAGCUGAGAUCGAGGAAUAUCCCAUAAAAACCCCCAACUUUUAACGAGGGUGGAAUGACUCCAAGCAGUGCUGCUGCAAUUACGGAGUGCUGACGAAGCCAUCCCAGGGCAGGUGACAUCAGCGGUGCUCUGGACAAACACCAAUUAACAAUUUAAUUAACAAUCAACCCCGUGUCAUCGGGGCUGCCUCGCAGGUGAAGCAAAAAGAUUUGUCCAGGGUUAGAAGAGAAAAGUUCCAAGAGUUUGCAGCUUCCCAGGUGGGUUUUCAGGGAAGUGGAGUUGGGAAUUUUGAGAUCUAUCGCCAUUGGUUUUGUGCUUCUGGUGGGUGGAAUUAAAUCUUUUCUUCUGAGUUUGUUGUUUUGUUUUGUCUGGGAGAUUUUGGGUCUUUUUUUUUCCUUUAAAUGUGCUGGGAGACGCUCCAGAUCCCCUUGGCCAACAGGAUGGGAAUGGGGACAAAAAUUGGGAAGGAUUUGUAGAGUUCUGCCUUUGUUUGGGUGAGAAAACACAGAAUCCCCCACUGCUUUGGCUCAAAGGCACCUUAAAGCCCAUUCAGCUCCAACCCCAGCCCCUUCCCCUAUCCCAGGCUGCUCCACCCUGGCCUUGGACACUUCCAGGGAUGAGAUUUUUUGGGAAUUCUCUGCCAGGGCCUUCCAGGCAAGAAUUCCAUCCCAAUAUCCCAUCUCUGAAGCCAUUGCCUUUGUCCUGGCACUCCCAAUUCCUGAUGAAGCAUCCCUGAGGUCACAAACCCUUCCUGAUCCAUCUCUUUUGGGCUUUGUUUGGGGAUUUUUGCCAGUGCUGAUCGGACAGGUCCGACCAGGAAUAUUUGUGCUGUUCCUGUGCCCUCCUCGCUCUGGGUUACUCAUAGAGGAAAUGGGGCCUGGAAGUCACGUGGCAGCAUUUUUAUUCUUUGACUGAUGAGUAAAGGUUGUUUUGGGGCACGGAAAAAAAAAUAAUUAAAAGCAGGGGUUUAACAGCAAAAUUUAAGGUUAAAUCUGGUGCUUAAUGUAUGGAAACAAUGUUAAUAAACACCCCAGAGCAAACAGAGCCUGAGCACAGGGCGGGAUUUGGGCUCUCCCAAAUCAUUCCUGCAGGUCUAAAUGAAUCCAGAAUAUUUCACCUCAGCCAUGGCAUUGGCCUGGUGUUUUGGGAUUGCCUUCAGCAGCAUUUAAAGGCUUCCAAACUAUCUCUUUUUUCCAAGCCCCAACGUUUCCCCUGUAUCCAGACUAUUCCCUGCAUCCAGAGGAAGAUUCCUGAGUUCUUUAAAGUUUGCACAGAGCUUCAUUUGCAAUUCCCAACUCCUGCACGGACAGAGCUGCUGUGGGAGGAGGUGGGGAAAUCCUCCAGAUGGAAAACAUGGAAUUGCAGCUGGAUUUAUCCCAAAAAAAAGUCCCUGUCGGGUUGGGAGAGGAACGCCAGCUGACACAGGCAUUAUGUAAUCACCAGUUUUAAUUAGGAUUUGCUAAUGACUGUUUUGCCCUUGCGCAGUCGGUUCCCGGUUUCUUCAUCCCCUCCUUCCCUCAGUGCCACACUGGAGCACCUCUUCUUGUUGACAUCUGCUCCAGUUCCCAGCUGAAGUUCCUGGAUCGAUUAACCCCUGGGAAUUGCUUCCAAGCCUUGGGAAACAGUUCUGGGGACCAUUCCAGGAGCCAGGAGUGCUUCCCCCUUCUUUUUCCAGGAGUUGGAGCCGCUGCUUGUGGAAUUUUUUCUUCAUCCAGGACGGAGCGAUGGUGCCUGGCAUUCCAGGAUGGUUGCACCUCGCACGUCUGCGGAGCAAGAAGGUUUUGGUGUUCUCCAACCCCUGCCAGCCCUGAUUGCCUCGGAAUUCUGACAGAUCCUGCUGGAUCUGAUCGGAAAUUGGAGCUGGAGCAGGAUAAAAACCCAUCCAGCAGCCAGGAUCUCACCCUGUGAAUAUUUGGGAUUUGAGGGGGUGGCAGAUCUGGAGUGGGGAUAUGGUGCUGAUGAAGAGCCGUGAGUAAAGAAACAAGAAGAGGAAGAGAAUCCAAAAAAACCCAAAAACUCCAGGAAUAGUUAUUCCAGAGGGAUGCCAGGAGCAGCUGCAGCCACCUUCCUCAGCCAGGAGGACACUUAGAGGAUGGAGCCAUCACAAGGAGAAGCACAGCAGGAAGGGCUGAUCGAGUUCUAUGGCUCCUUCAGGGAGAUGUUCGAGUUCUUCUGCAAGAACACCACGAUCCAUGGCACCAUCCGCCUAGUGUGCUCCGGCAGCAACCGCAUGAAAACGGCGUUCUGGACGCUGCUGCUGCUGGCCAGCUUCGGGAUGCUCUACUGGCAGUUCGGCCUCAUGUUCCGCCAGUUCUGGGCCUACCCCGUGGUGCUCACCAUGUCCAUGCACUCCGAGCCCAAAAUGUUCCCGGCCGUCACCGUCUGCAACCUGCAUCCCUACAGGUUUGAGCUGGUCAGCGAGCACCUGGAGCAGCUGGACCGGAUGGCAGCGGAAUCCAUCACCUUUUUGUAUGGCAUCAACGCCUCGGCCUGGCUAUUCCGUGUCAACGCCAGCAAAAUCCAUGGGAACAACAGGAAAAUCCAUGGGAACAACGAGAAAACCCGCGACAAAGACAGGAAAAUCCAUGAGAAUGACAGGAAAAUCCGCAUCAAGGACAGGAAAAUCCACAUCAAGGACAGGAAAAUCCACUUCAACACCAGGAAAAUCCGCAGGAGCGACAGGAAAAUCCAGGAGAGGGACAGGAAAAUCCAGGAGAGGGACAGGAAAAUCCAGGAGAGCAACAGGAAAAUCCAUGCCCAGGCCUUGGCCAAGCUCAACAGCUCCAGCUUUAAACUCAGCCACAACUUCUCCCUGCUGAGGGUGUCUGACCUCAGGGCAGGCAGGAAACAUUCCAGCGUGGGAUUCCGGCUGUGCAAUUCCACAGGUGGGAAUUGUUUCUACAAGACCUUUUCCUCGGGCAUGGAUGCCAUCCUGGAGUGGUACAGGUUCCACUACAUGAACAUCAUGUCCCAGCUGCCCGCCAUCAUCAACAUUUCCCAGCACGAGGAGCCCAUUGAGGACGUGGUUUACUCCUGCCAGUACAACGGGGAGCCCUGCAGGCCCAGUGAUUACGAUCACUUCCACCACCCAGUUUUUGGGAGCUGCUACACUUUGAACAGCAAGGGGACAGAUCCCUUCUGGACAGCCACAAAACCAGGAAUUCCUUAUGGGCUGUCCCUCAUCCUGCGGGCCGAGCAGAAGGAGCACAUCCCGCUGCUCUCCACCGCCGCCGGCGUCAAGGUGAUGAUCCACAGCCACAACCAGACCCCGUUCCUGGAGCACGAGGGCUUCCACAUCCGCCCGGGCAUCGCCACCACCAUCGGCAUCCAGCAGGACGAGGUGAAUCGCCUGGGUGGCAAUUACGGCAAGUGCACCACCAACGGCGCUGGCGUGGCCGUGGAGCUGCUCUACAACAGCUCCUACACGCUGCAGGCCUGCCUGCACUCCUGCUUCCAGCGCUGGAUGCUCCGCGAGUGCGGCUGCGGCUAUUCCCGGUACCCGCUGCCCGCUGGGAGAGCGCGGCACUGCGACUAUGGCGCGCACCCGGCCUGGGGGCACUGCUUCUACCAACUGUACCGCCGGCUCCGGAGCCACCGCCUGGAUUGCUUCCAGCAGUGCCCCAAGCCCUGCAGGGAAUCCCUGUACAAGGUCUCAGCUGGCACAGCCAAGUGGCCCUCGGCAAAAUCCCAGGACUGGGUUCUGCAGGCUCUGAGGCACCAGAACGGAUACAAUUCCAGCAGCAGCAGGAAGGAGCUCGCCAAGGUCUCCAUCUUCUACCGGCAGCUGCGCUCCCAGGCCCUGAACGAGGCCCCGCUGCUCUCGGAGAACCUGCUGCUGUCCAGCAUGGGGAGCCAGUGGAGCCUGUGGUUCGGCUCCUCGGUGCUGUCGGUGCUCGAGGUGCUGGAGCUGCUCGCCGAUGCUCUGGUCCUGGCCCUGCUCUGCUGCUUCCGCCGGCUCCGGGCCAGGGAGCGGCCCCCGGCCCCGGAGAGCUCCGGGGAGCGGCAGGAGGAGCCCCGGGAAGGGCAGCAGGGAGCCCGAGGAUCGGGAAUGGGGCUCCCACAGCACCCAGAGCUGGAACUGGAGGGGUUCCAGAGCAGCCGGGAGCUGGGACAGGAGUGAGGAACUGAGACCUGGAAUUCUCCUGAGGCUGGGGAAGGUGCCAGGGACAUCCUGGAUCCACAGCUGGCAUGGAAAUGCCUGGAAUUCUCCUGAUCCUGCUGGAAAGGUGCCAGGGAUACCCUGGAUCCACAGCUGGGAGCUCUGGCAAUGCCUGGAAUUCUCCUGAUGCUCCUGGAAAAGUCACAGGGAUGUCCUGGAUCCUCUCUGGGAGCUCCCUGAGCAUGGAAAUGCCUGGAAUUCCCUUCAUGCUGCUGGAGAGACGCCAGGGACAUUGUGGAUCCACAGCUGAGCAUGGAAAUGCUGGAAAUUCUCCUGAUCCUGCUGGAAAUGUGCCAAGAUCCUCUCCUGAGAGUGGCAGUGCUUGGAAUUCUCCUGAUGCUGCUGGAAAAGUCAGGGAUGUCCUGGAUCCACAGCUGGGAGCUCUGGUAAUGCUUGGAAUUCUCUUGAUCCUGCUGGAAAAGUCACAGGGAUGUCCUGGAUCCUCUCUGGGAGCUCCCUGAGCAUGGAAAUGCCUGGAAUUCCCUUAAUUCUGUAGGAAAGGUGCCAGGGAUGUCCUGGAUCCACAGCUGAGCUCCCCCAGCCCCUGCAGGUUCCCACAGCACAUCCUUGGGUCCUGCAUCCCAAGGUGCUGGAUCCCAAGGCUUUGGAUCCCGAGGUUUUGCAUCCGAGGUUUUGGAUCCUGAGGUUUUGGAUCCCGAGGUUUUGGAUCCUGAGGUUUUGGCUCCCAGGGAUUUUUUUUGUGUGAUUUUUCCCCCUGGGCAGGGGGAGCUGCACUCUGGGAGUCCUGGAAUCCUCUCCAAAGGCUGUUCCCAGCUGUAAUUCCCAAGCCCUGGUGAGGAGCCCACUCUGAGGCUGGGCCGGGCCCAGCCAGGUUUCACCGAGGGAGGGAAUUCCAGGAGAAGCCAAGGAUUGUGUGGGAUGGGGAACGGGCUUGGAAUGGGAUGGGUUUAACCCUUCCAACCCCAAAACAUUCCCUGCCCCUGGGAUUCACAUCCAGGGUUGUCCUGAUCCCGCCUGCAAUUCCCAAACAUCUCCUGCCCUCUGAUCCCAGAAUUCCCAAGCAUCUCCUGCCCUCUCCCUUUCCAGGCUGCUGAGAUGCUUUUGGAUUUCUCCAGAAAAUUCCCACAAUCUGACUCUUCCAGAGGGAAAUUAAGAGUUAAAACCGAGGUUGGGAAUUGUUCUGGGUGCCAGGAAAAGCAGCGGAUUCCCACCAAACAGAGAAAAUGUUUCUGCUUGUUGUUAAUUAAUAAUGUUAAUGGAGAUAAUUGUUAAUGUUUUUUAUUAAUUUAUAAUGUUAAUGGAAAUAAUGUUAAUAUUUGACAGUAAUUUAUGUAAACAGAUAUAAUUAUUAAUAUUUGUUGUUAAUUAAUAAUUUUAAUGGAGAUAAUGUUUGUUAAUAUUUGUUGGUAAUUGAUAAUAUUACCAGAGAUAAUUGUUAAUAUUUGUUAAUUUAUGUUAACAGAGAUCUUGUUAAUAUUUGUUUUUAAUUUAUAAUGUUAAUGGAGAUAAUGUUAAUAUUUGUUGUUAAUUGAUAAUUGUAACAGAGGUAAUAUUUGUUCUUUCAUAAUUUUAAUGGAGGUAAUGUUACUAUUUGUUAUUAAUUGAUAAUAUUAAUGGAGAUAAUAUUUGCUAUUUUAUAAUUUUAAUGGAGAUGAUGUUACUAUUUGUUAUUAGUUGAUAAUAUUAAUGGAGAUGUUACUAUUUGUUAUUAAUUGAUAAUAUUAACAGAUAUAAUGUUAUUAUUUGUUAUUAAUUGAUGAUGUUACCAGGGAUAAUGUCAAUAUUGGCAGUGAUUUUUCUGUACACAAAACAAGCCCAGCUUUGUUCCGGUGGGGUCGCUGUGGCUGCUGGAGCCUCGCAGGGGGCGGGAAAGCCCAAAUUUGGGGAUUUUGUCAUUUUUUAAACAAUAAAAUGCUCUGGGCCCAGCUUGGGCUGGGUUUGGUUCUGCCUCCUGCUCA